AUGCGAACCAACCCUCGAACCACGUUUCAUGCGGCCAUUUCUGCUUGCUUUACCCGGCAUGGCAAGGCGCAAUCGACUGUCGACUUGGGCUGGUAUGCGCCCAAUGCGACGGAGGUAAAUGACCUGACAAAGGUUCUUGCGGGAGACGGCACCUACGCAUUUAUUUACAACAGUUCUACUACCCCGGAAAACGAGUAUGGUACCUACAAUUGGUGCAAUAUGCCACACGUGCGGGCAACCGAGUACAAGAAGCCGCCUGCGGAGUAUAAGCUGCAAUAUGUCGAAGUGAUCCACAGGCAUCACAAGCGGACCGUCUAUGCGUCGAACUCUUUCCCAGUCGAAUCAUACGGGUGGAACUGCGAUGAUGAAGCUCUCUUCCAGUACGGAGCUCCGAAGGCUGGGAAGCAGCCAGCACGCGUGUAUUGGCAGGGCUACAUUUCGCCAGUAAACCCGUUCGUACCUACUGGGUUCCUGGGCAGUUGUCAGUUUCCUCAGGUCACAAGAGAGGGUCUUGAGGAUUCGUGGCAGCAUGGGAAGGAUCUCUAUGGCGUAUACCAUGAUUUUCUGGGAUUCUUGCCGGAUACUGCCAACGAGAAAGUCGCAUUCAGGGUCACUCAGAAUGUCAUUACCAGCGAGGUUGCCGGCAUGGUCGUAAAUGGUAUGUUCAAGAUAGAGGAGGCCUACCCGUUGCUGAUCCAGCCCCAGGGAUAUGAUUCCUUAGAGCCAGACUACUCUUGUGCAACUUCGUCCAGUCUUCUGAAUGCGAUCAGGUCCGGGAGUAACUGGACGAAUCACUUGACUGCUGCCUCUUCGCUAUUCGCGACUUUAGAUAACAUCUCUGGAGUAUCUCCCACAGAUGAGGGCUUUCACGCCAGUUUUGAUCAUUACUAUGAUAACCUCUCCGCAAGACAGUGUCACGGGAAGCCGCUGCCUUGCAAGCUGGUUGGUGGACUUAAUUCCACAACUUGCGUCAACCAAGAUCUCGCAAAUAAGGUGUACCGUCUUGGAAACUACGAGUACUCCUACAUCUACCGCGACGAUCCGAGAAGUCUGGCUGCAUUUUCUGCUGGCUACGGCGUCUGGGUUGGCGAGCUUACCUCCCACAUCCGGGAGUUCAUCAAUGGAACAAGUAAGGUGAUAUACAGACACAACGUUGCCCAUGACGGUUCGGUCUCGAUGUUAUUGUCUCUCCUGCAGCUGGAUGUCAUGGUCUGGCCGGGCAUGGGCGCUGAAGUCGUCUUCGAGCUCUACCAGAAGGACUCUUCCAGAAGCCCAAGUUCGGCUUUCGCAGCACCAACUUCUGCGCCAAGACACUCUCCUGGUUCAAGCAGCUAUUAUAUGCGUGUUCUUUGGAAGGGUCAAGUGUUGAGAAGCUCGAAUCCAAGCUUUGGCUUGAUGGACAUGGUCCCGCUUGAUACUUUCCUGGCAUACUUCGAUGGCCUUGUUGGUGUUGGUGCGAGCCUUGUGAAAGGCAAGUGCGAUGGACUCCUGUUUGAAUAG